AUGGGACUUUAUGUUUCUGACAAUUGUGAGUAAAACAGAUUCAUAUUGUUGCUGGUUUCUGAUGCAGUUGGAAAUCCAUGCUGAUAUACAGUAGGUCUACCUGCUAGCACAGCAGGUUCAAGGCAGGCAGCAGACAUUAUUGCUUUUCAUAGGCCAAGUUGAAAGUGGCAUUUUGUGAUGUCAGAUAUGCCAGCAAUAUAUUCAUUUCAGGUUUUCCUUUUAUUUACUAAUGGGAACCAGGAAAUCACUGUUUCUCUAUCUCAAGUUUAUUCCCUUUCAAACUCAAUUCACAAAGGAUAGAUGAAGAAAACAUGCCAAAACUCAGAAGUUGCCAUGUCCAUGCUGGAAAUGAAACAAAAAUUGCACAAGAAGGUUCCAACAGUAGGAGAGUCAUCAAAUGGAAGUUAAGAUACUGAAACUAUCUUGAGGGGGGCCUGCCUUAUCCUCCAAGACCCCCAUGUGUAGAUUUACUAGAGAACCUGAUGCCACACAGUUCUUCAACCUAUCCAGCUCCCUUCAUAAUCUCAGAGUAAGCUCUCUUCAUUUCCUCCAAGCCCCCAUCUGGACUCCAAACUGAAGGCCAAAUAGGCUUCACAUCAUCUUCAGCCUUCUAUAAGCACUUCAUAUUGGAUGCUCUCUCCCUAUCCAGUUUCUCAUGGAGGUGAAACCAGCUUGGCAUAUCUCAACUCAUGUGAGGGCAAGGCUCAGGGAAGAGAGGAAUUGGUCUCUCCAUCUUGUGUGAACCAUCUGUCAAUCCUCUCAAUCCAGAUGCAGGAGGACCAUAGGAGCUCUCUCAAUAUCACACCAAUCCAAAAAUAACCCAGAGCAGUGGAAAAAAGCUUCCUGGAGUUGAUCAUCUGAAAGCUGAAAGAAAUCGAUCAGUGGGUGAUCUUGAUGGAAAAGAACCAACAUGCAUGAAGCAAUAUUGACAUCUCACCAAUGGUAGUAGCUGCAUAAGACAUGCCCAUGCAGAGUCCUCUGAGCAAGUUACAUAAUCUUCAACACUAUGAAGAACUGUUGAGCAUGGAUCAUUCCGCUUGUGCUGCUGACUCAGCAGUGAUGAAGGUCAUCAAACACUGUGAAGAAGAAGGUGCUGGAAACAUGGAGGUUGCACAAGGAGUUCUGCUGGGUUUGGUGGUUGAUAGUGUCCUUGAAAUCACCAACUGCUUCCCAUUCCCCAGACAUCUUGAUGACAACAUGGAUGAAGAGGACUACCAGCUGGAGAUGAUGCGGAAUCUGCGGAAGGUGAACAUUGACCACCUACAUGUUGGCUGGUACCAGAGCACGCAAAUGGCAAACUUUCUUAGCCCUCAACUCUUGGAAUCCCAGUUCUCAUACCAGACUUCCAUUGAAGAGUCUGUUGUCCUCAUCUAUGAUCCAGUGAAGACAGCGAGAGGCUUCCUGUCGAUCCGGGCGUACCGGCUCACGCCGGAGGCCGUGAAGCUCUACAAGGAGGACGACUUCUCGCCGGAGGCCGUGAAGAACCUCCGCCUGCCCUACAGCCGCUUGCUGCAGGAGAUCCCUAUCGUCAUCAGAAAUUCCACGCUGGUCAACUUGUUGCUGUUGGAGUUGCAGAAGAAGAAGGGGCCGGUGAAGGUCUGCGAGUCCCAGUUCAUGGAUCUUGGCACCACGUCGGUGUUGGAACGUCAUCUCCGUUGUCUGAUGGACUGCGUGGACGACUUGUCACAGGAGAUGAACAAGUUUAACAUCUACCAGCGACAGCUGGUGAAGCACCAGCAGACGAAGCACACUUACAUGCAGAAGAGGACGCUGGAGAACGAGGCGCGGCAGAUGCGGGGGGAGCCGCCGCUGCCGGAGGAGGACGUGAACAAGAUGUUCAAGAGCCUGCCCCCGCCACCCCGGCGAGAGACGCUCAUCGCGUCGGGCCAGGUGGAGAACUACUGCCAGCAGAUCUCCACGUUCGCCUCCCAGGCCCUCGGGAAGCUCUUCCUCGCGGAGGCUCUGCAGUGCGGCAAGAGUCAAAGCAGUAUAUGAGGGAGCGGGUCUUCUCUUCCGAUUUCGGCGAGGUGUCGCGUAUUUCCACGUUGAGAUUGCUCUGCUUUCGAAUGUAUUUCAUUGCUCGUUCUAAUUAAAGGAUUACGUCGACGAA